AUGAAGUUCGCCAGCUGCUUCAUCCAGGGCUCUGCCCUCGCCCUCCUCGCGGGCCUGGGUUCGACCUUUGGCAUCGCCGGCUCCAAGUUGAGCAAAGACAUGCACGAUGCUGCCAUGAUGGGCUUCGACGAGGAGCUUGCCCUGCGUCCAGAGCAGUUCAAGGCCCUGAUGGCCGACAGCAACUUUGCCGGCCCAGUGGCAGAGACCGUUGAUAUGCCAAUUGACCACAAGAGCAACAAGACCGGUACCUACAAGCACCGGUUCUGGAUCAACGAGCAAGACUACAAGCCAGGCGGCCCCGUCUUCGUGUUUGACUGUGGUGAAGCUGCCGGCCAGAGAUACGCAGACAGAUAUCUCUUCAACGAGACCAACUUCUUCAGACAGCUGACCCAGAAGUUCCACGGCAUCGGUAUCAUCUUUGAGCACCGAUACUACGGAGAGUCGACUCCGUACCCGAUCACCGUCAAGACUCCCCCAGAGCACUUCAAGUACCUCGACAACGACCAGGCUCUGGCUGAUCUGCCCUACUUUGCAAAGGACUUCAAGCGGGCUGCAUUCCCCAAGAACGACCUGAGGCCCAAUGCCACUCCAUGGGUGAUGGUUGGCGGCUCGUACCCCGGCAUGCGAGCUGCUUUCACCCGUGACAGAUACCCAGAGACCAUCUACGCCUCCUGGGCCUCGUCGGCUCCAGUGCAGGCCAAGAUCGACAUGGCCGUCUACUACGAGCAGGUCUACAGAGGCCUCGUCGCCUACGGCUGGGGCAACUGCACCAAGGACAUCCAUGCCGCCUACAGAUACAUCGACCGCCAGCUCUCCCGCAAGGACUCCGCUGCUGCCAUCAAGAAGCUCUUCCUCGGCGAGGGAGCAGACAAGGCCAGCAACGGAGACUUCACUGCUGCCCUCAUCGUCGCCUACGCCGGCUGGCAGUCCUCCGGCGCUGACGGUCAGGUCGGCAAGUUCUGCAACUGGCUCGAGGUCGACCCCAAGACCAACAAGACCGCCCCUGCUGAGGGCUGGGCUCCUAAGCUCGGAGACAAGGCCAUGGCCGAACGAUUUGCUGCCUGGCCUACGCUCGCUGAGAUGGUCAAUGCCAAUGCCAUGACCAACUGCAAGCAGACCGACAAGUCGAAGCCGCUCGAGUGCAAGCUCGACAAGCCCAGCGAAGACCCAGACUUCAUCAGCUGGAUCUGGCAGUACUGCAGUGAAUGGGGCUACUACCAGGGCGUCAACUUCCCCCAGCACGCCAUUCUCUCCAGAUACCAGACCAACCAGUACAACCAGGAGUUCUGCUACCGCCAGUUCCCUACCGGCGUCAAGAGCGGAUAUCUGCCCAUCGCGCCGCAGACACACAAGACCAACCGCGCCACCAAGGGCUGGCAUAUGCGCCCAUCCAAUGUCUACUGGAGCGGUGGCCAGUACGACCCCUGGAACACCCUUUCUCCCCUGUCCCAAGAGGACUUUGCUCCUCGCGUCGAGGUCUCCAAGGAGAUCCCGAAGUGCAACGUCUCCACCGGCCCCAAGAAGAUCUUCGGCUACUUAAUCCCCAAUGCUCAGCACGUUUAUGACUUCCGAACCUACUUCGGUCCCGGUCAGGUGUCCAGAGAUCUCUUCCAUGCUGCCUUGGAGGCAUGGCUUCCUUGCUUCAAGAAGCACUAG